CCCCACUCCCCUCCGGCCUCCACCUCGCCAACUUCGGCAGCUUCGGAGGUCUGGCGCGCGUCAAAGCCGGAACUGGGAGGCUGAUUUGUGGAGCAUCACCCGCAAGGUCCUCUCCCCCCCGACCCCCCCGGCCCCUCCUCCGUUCGGAGCAACGGCCCGGGGAGUAGAGCCCAGCAGGGGGAGGGGAAGAUCCACACCCAUCCCCCUUCCUCUAGCCCUCCCGCAUUCAGAUUCAGUUGCACCUUUUAUUAUUUUAACUCUUCUCCCUAGGACACGCGGCCCCCGGAUCUGUCCCUCUGGCGUUCGCGGUCCCUGCACCCGCGCGCCGGGAUGGGAGAGCGAGGGACCUGCCCGCGGUCGGCCGGCGUGUGUAGGGAGGUGCAGCCGCCGCGCCCGCUGCCCAGAGUCUGAGGACGUCCCGAGGGAAGGAGAGGCAGGUCAGAGACAGGUGAAUAGGCGGGCUAUGGUGACGGGACGAUGCUGGCCAGAAAGAGCAUCAUCCCCGAGGAGUAUGUGCUGGCGCGCAUCGCGGCGGAGAAUCUGCGCAAGCCGCGCGUCCGAGACCGCCUCCCCAAAGCCCGCUUCAUCGCCAAGAGCGGGGCAUGCAACCUGGCGCACAAGAACAUCCGAGAGCAAGGACGAUUCCUGCAGGACAUCUUCACUACCUUGGUGGACCUGAAAUGGCGCCACACGCUGGUCAUCUUUACCAUGUCGUUCCUCUGCAGCUGGCUGCUCUUCGCCAUCAUGUGGUGGUUGGUGGCCUUUGCCCAUGGGGACAUCUACGCUUACAUGGAGAAGAGUGGAAUGGAGAAAAGUGGUUUGGAGUCCACUGUUUGUGUGACUAAUGUCAGGUCUUUCACCUCUGCUUUUCUCUUCUCCAUUGAAGUUCAAGUGACGAUCGGAUUUGGAGGGAGAAUGAUGACAGAGGAAUGUCCUCUGGCCAUCACAGUUUUGAUUCUCCAGAACAUUGUGGGUUUGAUAAUCAAUGCAGUCAUGUUGGGCUGCAUUUUCAUGAAAACAGCUCAGGCUCACAGGAGGGCGGAAACCUUGAUUUUCAGCCGCCAUGCUGUGAUUGCUGUCCGAAAUGGCAAGCUGUGCUUCAUGUUCCGAGUGGGCGACCUAAGAAAGAGUAUGAUCAUUAGUGCCUCGGUGCGCAUCCAGGUGGUCAAGAAGACAACUACACCUGAAGGGGAGGUGGUGCCUAUUCACCAGCUGGACAUUCCUGUUGAUAACCCAAUUGAGAGUAAUAACAUUUUUCUGGUGGCCCCUUUGAUCAUCUGCCACGUGAUUGACAAGCGCAGCCCCUUGUAUGAUAUCUCAGCAACUGACCUCGCCAACCAAGACCUAGAGGUCAUAGUGAUUCUGGAAGGAGUGGUCGAAACUACUGGCAUUACCACACAAGCAAGAACCUCCUAUAUCGCUGAGGAGAUCCAAUGGGGCCAUCGCUUUGUGUCUAUUGUAACUGAGGAGGAAGGAGUGUAUUCUGUGGAUUACUCCAAAUUUGGCAACACUGUUAAAGUAGCUGCUCCCAGGUGCAGUGCCCGAGAGCUGGAUGAGAAGCCUUCCAUCCUGAUUCAGACCCUCCAGAAGAGUGAACUGUCGCAUCAAAAUUCUCUGAGGAAGCGCAAUUCCAUGAGGAGAAACAAUUCCAUGAGGAGAAACAAUUCCAUCCGAAGGAACAACUCAUCCCUCAUGGUGCCAAAGGUGCAAUUUAUGACUCCAGAAGGAAAUCAAAACACAUCGGAAUCAUGACAGCAAGCCAACCUCAAGAAAAUCUUUUAUCAAGUGUUGGAUGGUUGAGGCAAAGCACUGUCAGACUGCACCAGAGCCAGAACACAGUAAUUUGUUCUUCUAUGUCUUCAUGCACCAAAUGAUACUCAUAUUCAAGCAACAGCACUUUCUGUGUCAAUAACCAGUCACACAAGGUGGAUUCAUGGCUCACACUUGUCUCACACAUGUGGUAUUUGCAGUGACAUGCUUCUAUUAUGUAUAGGAAAUAGUAUGCUCUCCUUUCUCUCAAUUUGAAACCCAAGAAUUCCGUUCAUAGUAAUAGACCUUGAAUACCAAAGUUGGCCAAGGAAUGAUUCUGUUUGAAAUGCUUAGUGCUUGAAAUCACAGAUCUCUCUGUUUCCAUUGGUCACUCUGAAAAUGCAAUUAGGAUGGGCAGGGGAACCCCAAAAAGGUGCUAUUAACACCUUUUGUGUAUCAACCAGUAUGUUGCCUUCUCCUUUUUCUAGAUGCUGCGCCUGGUAAGAAUCCUGAGGCAAAAACUGCUUCUCUCUAGUUGCUUCUAAACGGAUUGUGUUCAGUCACUUACUUCUUCACAGUGACCUUUGCAGGUUUCUCCAUCCUCCUCGUUGGCAGAACUGGACAGAGAGCUUUGGAGAAAAGCUAAGAACAUUCCUGUCUGGAUAUUAGGACUGGAUUCCCAAAAGUGACAGUUAUUUCUUUUGGCUUCUCACUUCUUAAAAGCCCCCACAGGGAAAUACUGUAUUGAAUAUUUUAUUAAAAUAUUUUCUUUGUA